CCCACUAGUAAUAACAAAACGUUUCAUAUUAGGUUUCUAAAAGUUGCUGUGCAUUUUCCUUCUUUCAUUUUCAUUACCAUCCAAAUCCCUAACAAGUCACCGCCGCUGCCGGAUACACACCUUCAUCCAUCCCCUCAACCCACACCACCACCAACCUUCAAAACUACCCACCACCACCAUAUUCAAAUUGUUUUACAGUAUUUACAGUAGAUUCUCCAUACCCUAAACUUCUCGGUUGUGCGAUUCUCACAGAAAAAGAGCGAUGGUGUUCAAAAACAGGUACAUGGUGAUGGAGGUUUUUAUGAAUCCUAAUAGAGAACAAGCAUCGGGUGAUUCUAUUAUAAUUACUCAGUUUAAUAUCUCUAAUGCUAUAAAAGAUAGCAUCAUGGUGAAUUUUGGGGAGUGUGGUUUGGCGGCAUCACUAGGAUCAUUUCAGGUUAAGUAUGUGAAUCCAAUCACUAAUGUGUGCAUUAUUAGAGCUUCAAGAGAGGAGCAUGAAAAAGUAUGGGCUUCUAUUACUAUGGUUAGAAGUAUUGGAAAUUUUCCAGUGGUGUUUAAUUUACUUGAUUUAUCUGGAAAUUUACAGGCUUCUAAAACCGCCGCAUUGAAGUGCGAAAAAGCAAAAUUUGAACAGUACAAACUUAUGGUUGGUGAUCGAUUGUCAGCUGACGAUACUCAUCGUAUGAAUAAUCAUCUUGCAAAGAUUGAACUUUUGGAGCACUGAAUACUUGGCCAUCAUCAAGGGCGUCAAGGAAAAGGGGCUAACUAACCUGGAGCUGCAUACCCAAAGGUGCCUGCAAAUGUGGUCCAGCUGCUUGAAUCAGGCUUUAGAAACUUGGCUGUUCCAAAAUCUGAAAGUUGAGCUUCAUAGGAUGAAUCCAAAAGAACAUUCUUGCUUGAUAUGUCACGAUGAACUAUCGGAGGUAUGCAGUCGUGAUGCAUAUAGGACAAAGCAUUAGCCACGCCUCGAACAACAUUCACCCUCUUUUCCCAAUCAAAUGCAGUGGCUUUUGUGUCAUUGUUUAGCAUUUGAGUCAAAGUUCCACCUUCCAAGAACUUAUAAACCAAAAAUGAGAAUCUUGAAUGUUGACAAUAUCCGUAGAGCUUUAUGAUGUUACGAUGCCUGAUUUCUGUCAAAGCUUGAAUUUCAUUUUCGAAGCCUUGGAACUGAUUGGGACAAAGUUGUUUUCACCAAUGGUUAUGACAAAGAAGGUCAUCCGGUUUACUACAAUGUUUUUGGCGAGUUUGAGAACAAGGAAUUGUAUCAAAAAAGUUUCUCUGACGACGAGAAGAGAAACAAGUUUAUCCGUUGGAGGAUUCAGUCAUUGGAGAAAAGUGUUAGAAAACUCGACUUUGCUCCAUCUGGAAUCGCUACUAUUGUUCAAAUUAAUGAUCUUAAAAAUUCUCCUGGAUUUGUUAAGAAGGAGCUUAGACAAGCUACUAAUCAGGCACUUCAAUUGCUUCAGGAUAACUACCCCGAAUUUGUUGCCAAACAGAUUUUUAUCAAUGUUCCUUGGUGGUACCUUGCCUUUUCUAGGAUGAUUAGUCCUUUCCUGACACAGAGGACCAAGAGCAAAUUUGUAUUUGCUGGCUCCUCCAAAUCUUCUGAUACCCUUUUCAAAUAUAUAGCUCCUGAGCAAGUGCCAGUUCAAUAUGGAGGACUUAGCAGAGAAGGCAACAGGAAUUCACCACGGCUGACCCUGCUACAGAGGUUAUUAUCAAACCAGCAACAAAACAUGCUGUUGAGUUCCCAAUUUCUGAGAUGUGGAUCUCAGAUUUUGGGGUAUAUUAGUAUUAAUUAUAGUUCUCCAACACUUGUUAAGGAUGGAAAAGUUAGCUAUAAAGAGUAAAGUAGCAAUGCUAAGGUAAUGGGAAGCAAAUAGGAUUAAAGGAUUGAGCAUUGCAUUUGAAACUGCUCUUUACUGCAAACAAGUUCUUUAGCUUGAUCUUUUUGUUUAACUUAUAUUUAUAUGUAUUUUUUUAGAUUGAAGAAAAAGAGUCUCCAUUGGUUCUAUAUUGAUGAGUAAUUCAAUUGUAAAUUAAUUAAUUCCCAUUAAUUUUUUUUUUGCUUUUGAUUUGUAUUAGCCAAUUAAUAUUAUUAGUUAUUGUAUAAUUUAAUAUUUAUAAAUUGUAUAGUAUUUAAUA